UCUUAUGCUUACAGGUAACCUCUGACUGUUGUGCUGAAGUAUAGAAUCUGUAUUGCUGACAUUGUUUUUCAGCUUAGCUUUCAACAACAGGCUCUGACACCCACUGAAGUACGAUAGGCAUGCUAGACUGGAACCAGCUGAGCGACGUAACACUGUACCAUGCUUCGCAAUGUCCUAGGAAAAACCUUGCGAUUUCUUGGGUAUACUGUGCAAUACGGCUGCAUAGCGCAUUGUGCCUUUGAGUACCUUGGAGGAAUUGUUGUGUGUUCUGGACCGUCAAUGGAACCAACCAUUCAAAAUUCUGAUAUUGUCUUUUCGGAGAAUCUUAGCCGCCACUUUUAUUGCAUUCGAAAAGGAGAUAUUGUAAUUGUGAAAAGCCCAAAUGACCCCAAAUCAAAUAUCUGUAAAAGAGUAAUUGGCUUGGAAGGGGAUAAAGUCUGCACAAGCAACCCUUCAGAUUUCCUUAAGAGUCACAGCUAUGUGCCUAAAGGACAUGUUUGGUUAGAGGGUGAUAAUCUCAGGAAUUCUACAGAUUCCAGGUGCUAUGGACCUGUUCCUUAUGGCCUGAUAAGAGGACGCAUUUGUUUUAAGAUAUGGCCUCUGAAUGACUUUGGAUUUCUACGUGCAAGCCCCAACGGCCAUAGAUUUCUUGAUGAUUAAAAGACUUAAGUGACUAUUGCCAACUUUCAUAAUAUUUUCUACUAAAAUCAAUGGAACUAUUUUUGUUUAGAAUAAACCCAAGUAUUACUUGACAAA